AUGUUAAUUCGGCAUUUACAGUCUGCUACAGUUUACUGUAGUUGAUUGUGAUAUAGAGAAUACAAGUUUUUAUUGUUUCGAUAUGAGAGAUGGUAAAUGUCACAAAAGGAAUUUUAGUCGAAUGUGAUGCGGCUAUGAAACAAUUUCUUCUACACUUGGAUGAAACAACUGCUCUAGGAAAAAAGUUCAUAAUUCAAGAUUUAGAUGAAAGACACCUGUUUAUAUCUGCUGACAUAUUAGAAACUCUACAAGCAAAAGUAGACGAUCUUAUGGAUCAGAUAUCAUUCCCAUUAGCUGAGAAAGGAAUAUAAAAAAAGAAAGAAACAACAUUUGC